GGGGCUCUUCCGGUUCCAUCGGUAGCAGUCCGGAGCAAAGAUGCUGCCGAACGGUAAUGGUGUGGGCAUCGAGGCCGGGCCCUUCGCCCUCCCCGAAGGGGGCCGCUACGCCAUGGAGGUCCGCAACAUGAGCCGAGCCCCGGCCAUGUCGCUCCCGGAGCUUCGCUCCAUCCUGGCCACCGAUCGGGACCGGGUCCGGCUCAUCGAUGUGCGCUCUCGGGAGGAGUCCGCAGCAGGGACCAUCCCCGGGGCGCUCAACAUCCCGGUGUCAGAACUGGAGAACGCCCUUCGCAUGGAACCUGCCGAUUUCCAGGCUACCUACUUUGCCGAGAAGCCGAGACCGGAAGAAGAGAACCUGGUCUUCUUCUGCCAGAUUGGCAGCAACGAGUGCCAUGCCAUGCAGACUGCCAGGGAACUUGAAUAUUUGGGGGCUAAUUAUGAAGAUAACUAUAGGGCAUGGCAAGCAAAGGAGGGUUAGUUAAAAGGAGGGAACACCGAUACCUUCCUUCUUCCCCCAGUAACCUUGCUGUAUAUGGGUACAAUGCUGUGUCCACAAGGUAACUAAUAAAGAGUAUUUAAUGGAGAAACCUGCAAA